AUGCCGCUCCCAACCACAGUCCCAUGGCCUUUGCGUUUGGAAAUCAGAAAGAACUUUGAGCCCCGGGUCAUCUCCUUCCUGGCCUCUGGGCUGGGGUCAUACCCAGCGUCCUUUGCUAGAUCCAUGAAAACCCACUUUAUCCACCCGGAUCUCUGGUCUCACCGCAGCCCACCGGCUCCCAUCCGCGAUGUACACGCCCUCUGCCAAUUACACGCCACCAACGCUGAUAAAGCCACUGUCCUCUCAUCACUAUUGCAUAGGAUAUCCAUCCUUGCCCGACAUAUCUCCAAUCCUUCCACCUUUGAGGACCUUCUCGCCUCCUCCCAGGCUCUCCUCGUCGCACAAUGCAUGGUGAUCUUCAGCGAAGACCCAUCCUCCCCUUACUCUGACAGUGUCAGCGACAUGCUCUUCUCACUCGGCCAUAAACUCUGGCAGCAAGCCCCAAUUCAACUCUCAAGUACUUUCAGUCCACAGCAAGCUUGGCUGUUCGGCGAGUCCGUACGGCGCACCAUUAUUGUGGCAUUCAUGCUGCGCAGCGUCUACUCGCUUAUGAAGCAAAAUUUUGCCCUCCGCACACCUUUCGUUGAUGCGCUCCCGUUUGAUCGCCGGACGGCAUUGUGGGAUGAGACAAUCGACACAUGGACGGGUGUCCUACAGGACUCGGGUGACUGGAUGGUCUCGCUCCAUGGGUACACUGGCAUCUUGGAGACCGGCCAUGUCCAUGCAAUUCCGGAAUUCGAACAGUUUAUUCUUGCCGCCUGCCGAGGGAGGACGGUCGAUAUGAUACACUAUCCGGCGAGCCCAUAUUCCACGCUCGUCACGCCCUAA